AUGUCAGGAAAGGGAAAAGUUCACGGAGGAAAAGGUAAAUCCUCGGAAUCUUCUAAGUCAUCCACCUCACACUCAGCAAGAGCCGGGUUACAAUUCCCAGUUGGUAGAAUUAAGAGAUAUUUGAAGAGAACCGCACAAAACAAGAUUAGAGUGGGCUCCAAGUCUGCUAUUUACUUGACUGCAGUAUUAGAAUAUUUGACUGCAGAAGUAUUAGAAUUGGCUGGUAAUGCAGCUAAGGAUUUAAAGGUUAAGAGAAUCACCCCAAGACAUUUACAAUUGGCCAUUAGAGGGGAUGAAGAAUUAGAUAACUUAAUUAAGGCUACCAUUGCGUACGGUGGUGUUUUACCACAUAUCAAUAAGGCUCUUUUGUUAAAGGUUGAGAAGAAGAAGCAAAAAUAA